AUGUCCGCCGCGGCGCAACCGAUCACCGACGAACAGUUUGCCGUCGCCAUCCAGGACCUACCCUUUGAGAACCUCUACUCCAAAGCCGCCGAGAUAGAAAACUCCAUUUCACAUCUCGUGCGCUCCAAUGAGCACCUGCAGAAAUACAUUGACAGCAUCAACUCCGACGAGUCGCUGCCGGACGCCACCAGACAGGAAGGGGACAAGGAGUGCUCAGAGGCGAUCCAAGAGAACGUCGUCGUGAUCGACCGACAGAGGGACCGGAUCCGACUCCUGAAGCAGGAAGUGGAAAGAAGGGGAGGCCGGUGGCACGAGCUAAACAAAGAACCCAACACAAACGGGAGCUCGGGCACGACGUCGACGAACGGCGGACAACUGACAGCGAACUCGAGCGCAGGCGCUCCGAGACGGCUGACUGAUGACGAGCUGAGCCAACGAAUGCUCGAGCGGCUGGCGGAGGACGAGCGUGACGAAGACGACGGUGUACAUUUAUGA